CCAAAUACAUGCACAGUGUCUGGCGCGGUGACCUAUCCAAUAUAACCCUAAGGGUCCUCGCUGAAUACAGUAUCCCCGAAAUCUCUUUUUGUCAACCGUCUGUCCGGAAGCGAAUUAAAACGAUUUCAUCCGCAGUGUAAAUGGCUUGCGUUUUAACAGUGCGUUAUCUUGGCGCUCAUCUCUCACUGGAAGGCUUCACGUCAGGUGUUGCUGUAGAAGUAAUGAAGAGGUGAAUCCCCAGUCUACAAUUUUGGGACCAUCUCUUGCACCGGUGCUCGAACGAUUAACCGAGUGAACGUACAUUUGUGUACCGUAUGACUGACACCAUCUCAUCAUGCCUAGCGAGAAAUGAAUCCUGAUUCAGCACUUGACACCAGCAGAAUCGUGUCUCAGACUACGCGCGCUGGAGAACUUUGCCUCGCAACUCUUGUGUGGAUACCGCACCUCGCGGAGGAUCAACAACUUUCCUCAUAAACAGCGCUCGUGCAAGAUUUCGUAUGUCGUUUCAAACCCUUCCAUGUCAUCAGUUAUCAUCGUUCUAAUCGGACGAAAAUGUUUCAGAGAGCAUAUCUGCUCAAACUCGAGGAAAACAUCGCUGGAAAGCCUUGAGGAGCGGAUUAAAUUGCUGACAAUAAAUGACUCUUCUGCGCCUCACACUUGCGUCCUUGUCAGGUGGACUGUGAAGAGACAGAAGAGGAAUGUUUAUCCGAAAUUUAUUGCCGCUCAAUUUGGGGGUUUUGCUGUUUUUGUUUAGUCACUGUUUUCUCGCAAUAUUUCUUCCAUUACUGCAGUUUGCAAAAGGGGAGCUCCAGAAGUCAUGCUCCCAAACCACAGUGGCACCAUUGGAAGGGAGCUGCCAGUUGCCAUGCCAGUGUAGGCCCUACCCACCGUUACCACCUCCACCCCCACCUCCACCACCCCCAAGGCUAGCUCCAACUGUUGCUCCCUCAACUGUAUCCCCCAUAACACCCUGGAGGAGAGAGAUGCAGAUAUUGGUCCUGGGGACUGUAAGCUGUGCAUCUGUGGUUUUCCUCCUCCUGACCAUCAUUAUUUGCUUCAAGGCCAUCAAGAGGAAACCCUUACGAAAAGAAGAGAAUGGCACAAGCCGAGGGGAGUAUGCCAUGAGCUUGCGCUGUAAACAACAGGUUGUGGAAACCAACAACACUGGAGUAUAGUGCCCAUGCUAAAGCAUGUUAUAUGAGCUUGCGCUCUAAACAGCAGUUAGUGGAACCAACAACACUGGAGUAUAGUGCCCAUGCUAAAGCAAGUUAUAUGAGCUUGCGCUCUAAACAGCAGUUAGUGGAAACCAACAGCAUUGGAGUAUAGUGACCAUGCUAAUGCAAGUUAUAUGAGCUUGUGCUGUAAACAGCAGGUAGUGGAAACCAACAAUGCUGGAGUAUAGUGCCCUUGCUAAAGCAAGUUAUAUACAGCGGAAGCUCUGUAUCUGAUGGCACCACCAUCUCUCUGUUUGGGUAUAUGAGAUGGACACAAGGCGCACUAUGAAUUUUAGGAACUGUAAACCACAUGGCUGCCCAUCUUGGGAUAUAAUGCUGUUUGAAAUGUUUUUAAAAAAGUGUUUAGAUAAAGACUGGCAUGUGUAUAAGCAAGUAUAAGCAGGUUUUGAGACAUAGACACUCUUAAAAGAUGCUGGCAGCUGCAUGAGUAUAACUGGUCUCAACCUGUAAGGCCCUUCUGAGGACAAUAUACAACACCACCAACAAAGUAAAUGCAUGCUCCUUCUGUUGAAUUCAAUGAUGUUUUGAAAUUCCUGUAUUCUCUUGUCUUUACGUCUGUCUCUGCAAUGUCACUCAUUAAACAUUUAUGGUUAACUCACCUCAUGUAUGAGUGUUAAAUGGUGAAAUUUCCACACUAGCCCAUUUUUGGAACAAUCUGUUAGAGCACCCAAAUGGAUUGGUUCAUCCUGCACUUUGUGUACCAAUAUAUAAGACAAUAUGAAAUGUUUUCCCUGAAAUCACACGGAAAUGUAUUGCUUUUUUGUGUUACUAUGCAAUUGAAAAGAAUUUAAAUCUUGAGGCACAUGUUGAUAAUUAAAAAAAAAUAUGCUAGCAUUAGCAUUGCUAAUUGUUAUUGCUGAUACUAGUCUUUCCCUUAUACAUACAUUUAUUUUUUUUAUGCCACAAAUGCUAUGUAUAUUAACCAUAAGGUUAAUAUAACAAUCAACAGUGCACAAGAAUGCAGUAUUUGAUUAUCAUGUGUGUAAUCUUUUGUCAAUCUCUUUAAGUCGAAUGCUUACAAAUCAUUUUAGAGUCACAUUAAGUCUCCGAGUCAUCCAAACAAAUGUUUGUCUUCUCUUGUUGACCUUUAUUGGAAACUCUUAACAAAAAACAAGAUGAUAUUUCAAAUGAGCUUUUACUAUGACUGUUUAUAAGCAGUUAUUGCUGAUAGCUAUUUUUAUAGUCAUUAUUACUGUGAUGUCAUGUAGGUUAGUGUUUGCUCAUGGA